GCAAUUCUUGGUGAAGAUACUCCAAAAGAAAAGAAAUAGAGAUGCUAAAAACGUGGCAAGCGCUCACACGGAUUCUCACAGAAGCUAAAGUAGUAGAACAACAUUUUGCUUUCAUCAGUACGGAAAACUUGUAUCUCGGCUUCCUUCAACUUCCGCUUCUGCCCUCGAACAUGACCGACCAUCAAAACCCUAAACCUACCGGCAACCUCCCUCAAACGCCGUCAACAAAUCCGCCUAAAAUCUCCGGCGGAUCCUCUAACGGCGGAUUUUCCGGCGGUCACAACUACCCAAACCCGCCGGACCGUUCAAAUCCGGACCCUGCAACACUGAGAGAGCAAUGGAGGUUCGCUAUUAGGCAGUACAGCAAAUGGUAUUCUCACGCUUGGGGUACUGCUAUAUUAGCUGGGUUAUCUUUUUACGCACUUGGUUGGAUUAUUAAGGGCUCCAAUCCUUUGCCCUCUUUCAAGCGCGAAGACUUGGAUACUAAAAAUGCUUCUUCAUCUGAUGUUGUUGCUGAUGUUGCGGAGGUUAAGCGAAGUUGAUGAUGACGAUAAUUUGUUUUUAGGUCUGUAGUGUCACUCUCCUCACUUGAUCAAAUAAGGUACCCAUGGACCGCUGAAGUCUCUCUUGCCCCUCCCAACGCCCUUCCCUCUGGCUUCUUGAACUUAUGUUUCUGCAAGCUCUAUGUAGAUGUAAGCGCAAUCACUCCCAACACGUGAUUUGUAAAUUCAGUGCACCACUUCCAGAAAAGAAACAAAAUUUUAUUAGGAUGUGGCAUACCAGACCAAUAUCUGCUGGUCACCUGCUGAGAGUCAAAGCAAGUUCCAAGCGUGUUUCUUUUUCUUCAACCUUCGUGUCCAAUGAAACAAGAAAAGCAAUAGUAAGCUGAGAUGUUUUCGUUAAAAAGAGUUUUGAUGCAUAUUUCCUGUACAGUAGACGUGCAUAUCAAUAACACUCUUAAUUUUUGAGUUAUUGUCAGUUGACGUUCUGUAGUAGUGAUAAAGUUGCCUUUACCAUUUUCGCUGCUGAAAUAUCUGUAAUGCCAGUGUACACUUAUGAAAAGACAAAACAAAAUGGUUCUUAAGCAAAAUUUACUUG